AUGGCGUCGUUCAACUUCGGGGGGCUCAAUGCUGCUUCUCGGAGGAAGAGCAUUUAUGCCCGCAACGCAGCCGUCGAGAGACGGAAUCUCAUUACUGUCUGCAGGUUUUCUAUCAAGACACUGAUUGACCGUUCAUGCUUUGAAACUAUUGAUGAUUCUUAUCCUGAAUUCAAUAAUUUUGCAGCUAUUUUGGAACAAAUUCUAAGCCAUCGGCUCAAAGGUCAAAUCACUUGGUUUGGGUAUGAAAGCCCUCGAACUUUCUGGGAUUAUAUUAAGGUGGCUUGUCGCAAGAUUUCAUAUAAUUGCAUCUGUAGCAUUGAGAAUAUGGAAAAUGUUGCCUCUUCAAGAGCUAGGGGAAGGGCUUGGAUUAGAGUAGCACUUAUGGAAAAACACUUGUCUGAAUAUAUUUCGGCAGCUUUGAGAGACUUCAAAACAACCAGAAGAUUCUAUGAAGAUGGAGCAAUUGUAUUGGGAGAAGAAGCAAACAUGCUAGCUGGUAUGCUGCUCGGUCUCAAUGCUAUUGAUUUCAGCUUCUGCCUCAAAGGUGAAGCUUUGGAUGGCAACUAUCCAGCUGUAAUAGAUUAUACACCAUAUCUGAAAUUUACCCAAAGUUCUGACAGCAUCAGUAGUGAUGAGGAAGAGCUAAGAACACUGGGCAGUAGUGGUAGUGAAAGCAGUACUCCAGAAAACAUUGGUCCUCCUUUCAACAUGGAUGAGAACAGCUGGUACAACAAGUGUAAACGGGUUGAACAGAAAUACCUUCUUACUCUGGAACAAAAGGGUUAUUUAGAAGAGCUAGUACGACUCAGAGAGACUCAGCUGACUGAAUCCAUCUCUCAGAAGAAGGCUUUGCAGCAGAAGAUAGAAUCUAUGAAUCUGGCCCAUAAAAUAGAAAAGGAACAACUUGAGUAUAUCAUUGUGGAACUGCAGGAUCAGCUAACUGUGCUAAAGAAUAAUGAUUUAAGAUCAAGACAAGAAUUAACUACCCAUCUCACCAAUCAGUGGCCUUCCCCAGGAGCUCUGGAUGUUAAUGCUGUUGCCUUGGAUACGCUACUUUAUGGAAAGCAAAAUAAGCAAUGGGAUGAAAAGAGUUAUCACAGCCCGGAUCAGCUCUCAUCUGAUGUAAGCUUUUAUCAGACAUCCCUGGAUCCAGGUAAUGUACCAGAUGCAGAUGGGAAGCAAGAUGGACUAAAUUUACUUAGUGAAGGGAAAGAAGAUACUCCUUCAUUACUUGGCCUUUGUGGUUCUUUAACAUCAGUUGCAAGUUACAAAUCUCUCACCAGCUUGAAAUCAAGUGAAUAUCUUGCAAGUCCUACAACAGAGAUAACAAGUCCUGGUCUAACACCUUCUUGA